AUUUGAAUGCUCAUUUCAAAUUUUUACUUGACAUGUGAAAGAAUAGAUCUCGUUCUUUAUAACGAUCAGCUUACAUACAUUGAAAAUUAUCUUCAAUAAAUUGAAAUAUUCUAAUAGUUAGAAGAAGCGGAAUCCACAAUGUUUCAAAAGCCAAAACUUCACAGCGAUGUACCAAAAAGGACAUCAACCGACGCUCUGAUCAAACCUCGCCAGCCAGGCAGCGUACAGCGGGCUUCAAGCUGGCAUAGCAAUUCCAACACAACAACUGAUGUGAAAAUUUCGAACUUGCCUAUUGCCACCAGAGCACCAACAAACCAUACAAAACACGUUUCCCAUUGCUGCAUACUAAACAGUAGCGAGGUGGACGUUAACAGCAAGCAAAAAUUUCAUCAAUUGGGCAGAAUACCAUCGUACCUUCGGAAUAAACGGCCGUUAUCAACAACCAGUAAGCUGAGGUCAAACGGACAAGAAAUUAGAACGGCACAAGAGGAUGCUAACAACGAAGAAAAAAGCAACGUUACCAAGUCGGCGUUUGAUUUCCCUAAAUAUGAACAACGAGGACUGGAAGCAGGUGGCGCAAAAGAACCUAAAGCAUCAUCUAAGAAUGAAUCAGAAGCUACGAUAUUACAUGACACAUUUGUAUUUGGUAAAGACGAUGAGUAUGAUCAGUUGUGCGAGAAGAUUAAACAACUCCAAGAGAAGUGUAACCAACAUAAGGCGGAAUGUGAAGCUAAACAGAAGCGUAUCACGAAACUGGAAGUUGAACUUGCAGUUAAAUGUGACCUAAUCGAAAAGCUACAGAAAAGUGAGAAUAAUACGAAGUUAUUACCAGCACAGUAUAACAUAAAGCAGCUCGAGCAGAAGGUUGUGGAUUUGCAAAAUGUGCUUUCUCGUGAGUGCAAUGAUCUGAUUCAGGGCUUUAGCAAGGUUCUCGUUUUGGGUUCACCCGAUGCUAAUUUGAAUAAUACUCAAAGGCAAACUGACAAAUGCACAGAAGUAAGAGACAAUAUGAUGCAAAUUCACAUCCAAAGUUCAAAAGAUUCUGCAACGCCAUCGGAAAUUGCCGCUCUGCGAAAAGAAAACGAAAUGUUGAGGUUCGAUAACAAAUUGUUGAGUAGUAUGAUUAAACAGAAUGCAGAUAAAUGUUUUGCGAUAUCACAAGUAGAUGCAAAGGUUCACAACGAUCAAAUGCAAUUGCGGGAUAUCCUGUUCAAGGAUGAGAAGCAGCGUCAGUGUUGUAGAAGGGAGAAAAUUAUCGGUGAAAUUGGGCAGGAUGAUCAUCUAAGCAAAACGGUGCGCCACACUUUACUUGACAUGGUAAAACGGCUUAAAAAACAGAACCGACAGAUUCACGAGGUUAUGAUUAAAUGCGGGUCGAAUUCUGCAGCAGAAGCAGACGAAAAGCUGACAACAAAGCAAAACGUUUCAUUGGAUACCAAAUUGCUAAAUCAAAAGCAACGAUUCUCUGUAGAUAAGGUAAGAUACACUGGGACCAGUUGAAUUGCACGGAAUGAUUCAGAAGAAAAAUAUUCAUGUAUUUUAAAACGUAUUUUGUAAUAAAUAAAUUAAAGAAAAAUAUUUAGUUAUCUAUAACAUCUAUAAAUAAAAUUCAAUGGUUUGGAA